AUGCCCAAGGUCCGCCUCCCGAUCCGAAACCCCACACCGCAAAAGAAGGUCUGGAGCCACCUCCAAGCCGCGACCGCUACCUCCACCGCCGUUAUCCCCCUGCCGAGGCCUAUCCGACCCCUUCACCUCUACCGCCACCUCCUCCGCGCUACCACAUACUUCCCGCUCAUCUGCCGUUCUUACCUGGAGGACUGGGUCAAGGACGGCUUUCGACGAGAGCGAGCGAGAGCUGCCUCGGCAGCAGCCAAAUUGCCCACUCGUGGGCGCGACCAUGGCCGAGAACAAGAAGAACACUUCCUGCGCACAAAAGCCCUCGGGGAAGGUAAGAGGAAGCUUGUCAUCCUCAAUGCCGCGCUCUUGGGCGACACAGACCGCUUCCGCAAGGUUUUAUGGCUCGUGUUUGGGAAGUUAGGCCGGCGACGCCGUGAGCUCAUGGCCGACUUUGUCAAGAAGGAACCCGAUCCUCCCGUGGACAUCAACGAGCUCGAGAAACAAAUGCAAGUGUUUGACUCAGAACGAGACAUCCAGAAGGCCAGAAAGCUGCAGAGACUCAAAAGGAUUCCCCCGACGAGGCGCGUGUUCGACCGGACCGAUCCCACGCCCUGGGUUCGCCAGAAGCUCAGUCCCAUCGAAGACAACUGGGACAUCAAAAAGCUCACCCAGUUCUACACCUCCCAAAAGACGCAGCAACGUGAUACGCCAUCGGAUUGCUGGCCCCGAACUGAACUUGACAACUUCAAGCCUGAAAAGUUCGUCCCUGAGAACGACGUAUGGGGCCGAGAGACAGCAGCCCAGAGGAAAACAAAGAAAGUACGUAUUUGGUGGAAGAGGACGGCAGACAGGCUUGUGCCACCAGUGGAGCGCAAUGAAUGGGAUUUGUUGCGCUCGAUUGUCAGCGGUGAUGCGCCUGAGGUCUUGUGGAAACUGGCUCCACGCAGGCCAGUUGCUACGGAGAAGAGUGAGCGGAGGGACUUCCCGUGGUCGGCCUAUGCCUCAAUUCCCGUCCGCGAAAUCGAGAGACCACGGUCUCGAAAGAGAACCCGGUUGACGGGCAAGACGGAUGACGGCCCAUACUCGCAGACCCAACAGCUGGUGCGCGAGGUUCCAUACAGCGACAGAAAGCUUCGGAGGGAGUUCAGCAGGUUAUGGCAAGCGUCAUCGUACGUGGAGGAGACUAAAAGCGAUGAAAAGGGGCGGCACAGGCGUGAGUUUGUCUGGGGUAACCCUUUGACUAGCCCGCCCAUCGCAUCGGGCCCUCAACGUGGAAUCUUUGAGGGCGUCGAUGCCCAGGGACAGAUACUUGGCGGAAACUAG